ACUACAAGCUUACAAAUUAAGAAUUAAACAUGAAUUCCAAUUCCUCAGAGAAAGAGAACCAUGUUGAUAGCACUAACAGUGACACCCUCUCUGCCAUGGUGCUUGGUAUCAGUGUGGUUUUCCCUGCAGCCCUCAAUGCAGCGAUUGAGCUCAACCUGUUUGACAUAAUUUCCAAGGGAAGCUCCCCACAAAAUGGUGGGUUCUUGUCAGCCUCUGAAAUCGCUUCUGAGCUACCAACCCAACACCACCACCCUGAUUUGCCAAACAGGCUCGAACGCGUGCUGCGAUUGCUCGCGAGCCACUCUCUUCUCGCUGCUUCCACUCGCUCCGGUGAGGAUGGUGCAGGUAGCGAGGUGAGAGUGUAUGGGGUCUCACCUUCUGGUCAAUAUUUUGUCUCUGAAGGAAAUCGUGAUGGUUACCUUGCUUCAUUCACAUCGUUUCUUUGUCACCGUGAACUGUUUAGGGUAUGGCAAAAUUUUAAGGAAGCAAUUAUUGACCCCGAGAUUGAUCUAUUCAAGAGAGUUCAUGGAACAUCAAAGUUCGACCACUUCGGAAAAGAUCCAGAAAUGAACAAUGUAUUUAACAGAGCUAUGUCUGAUAUAUGCUCAUCACACAUGAACAGAAUAAUUGAAAUAUACACAGGAUUUGAGGGUAUAUCAACUUUGGUUGACGUAGCAGGUGGAAAUGGACAAGGUCUCAAAAUGAUAAUAUCCAAAUACCCUUCAAUUAAAGGGGUUAAUUUUGACCUUCCACAAGUGAUUGAAAAUUCACCAAUACGUCCCGGGAUUGAGCAUGUUGGAGGAAACAUGUUUGAAAGUAUUCCCAGAGGUGAUGCCAUAAUGCUAAAGGCUAUAUUGCAUAAUUGGUCAGACGAGAAAUGCUUGGAAAUUUUAAGCAAUUGUCACAAAGCUUUGCCAACAAAUGGAAAGGUUAUUGUAGGGGAAUUCAUACUGCCAGAAGAUCCAGAAACUACAAAUGAACAUAAAUAUGUUUCAAUUCUUGAUAACAUCAUGUUUAUUACACCUGGUGGUAGGGAAAGGACUGAGAAACAACUUGAGUGUUUGGGCAAGCGCUCUGGAUUUUCCAGGUUUCAAGUUGUUUGUCGCGCUUUCUCUGUUUUGGGAGUGAUCGAGUUUCACAAAUAGGCAACUCAUAUUAAAGAGUGUCAUCGUAUUGUAAUUUCUUUGUUCAUUAUGUUAUUUUUAUUUGGGUUAAAAACUUUAAUCGUCCCUGAACUUUGGACAUCGUUUGAAAA